AUGAUGACUGUCACAUGUGGUUUCAUGGUUCCCAAAUAUCGUGAUGCUUUUUAUUGCAAAGUGCAUUUCUUUUACUUAAAUUUCGCCGCGAAAUACUGAAUUGACAAUUGCAGAGCAGUGAUAAAACUGCAAUAGGCGCAACGAAGGAAAACGUUUAGUUGAAGUCGUUGAAGUCAUCCAGAAUGUCUUAUCUGUCGCGCAAGGAGCUUAGCGAAGUACAGCCGGAUCUGGAGAGAGUGGUGACAAAUGUUCUAGGUGGCACCAGCUCCAGUGUGCUACAAAUUCUUCAAUCAUCAUUGCACAGUGGCUACGAUCGACGGAAGACGAGCGAAAAGCUGUCAAGUGUGCUGGACGGGAAGAGUUCCGGCCGACUUCUGGAGAAGGUAGAGCAUUGGCUGGUGGAAUAUCAGAGUGCUCAGAAGGGGAGGAAACGCCACCACGAAGAGGAUGUGCGAGAGAGAGAGACAAAAAAGGGGAGAAUGCACGGCGCGGAAGCUGCUAAUCAGGGUGCCGCUGAAGAGGGAAAAUUGACCACAGAUCGCAUCAAACAGAUGAUGCUAAAUGCCCAGCGUGAGAUUGAGGAGAGGAAGAAAGCAUUGAAGUCUGACGCGGAGCCGAAAGUGACGCAAACGGUGUUGCCGACAAUGGGAAAUACGCCGGAAGAUAUCGAGAGAGCACGUAAAAUUGCGAAUUUGCAGGCUCAGAUCAAGGCGAAGCUGUCCGGCUCCUUGGCAAAGAUCAUCACGCCGGUGAGUGAGAGACCGAAACCACUGAUUUUAGACUCUGAGGGUAGGACAGUGGACAAGAGUGGGCGUGAAGUUAAUAUUCCCACGCUGGCGCCGACACUGAAGGCCAAUAUUCGGGCGAAGAAGAGAGAAGUGUUCAACAAGGCACAGUUGACGGAUCGCCAGGCGGAAGAGGGUCAGGAGACGAUGUUCUUCGAUGAUCGCAUUAAUUUAAAGGCCCCACUGAGAAAUAAGAGAUCGUUGCGUUUCCACGAACCGGGCAAAUUUCAGCAGAUGGCCGAAAAGAUGCGUAUGAAGAAGCAACUGGAGAAACUGCAGAAUGAAAUAAGUCAAAUUGCCCGGCGCACGGGCAUCAGUUCGGCCACAAAACUCGCUCUGAUCGCCCCUAAGCAGGACAAUUACUCAGACGACGUCCCACAAAUGGAGUGGUGGGACUCGGUCAUCCUCAGUGAUGAUCUCAACACGCUCAAGGAUGGCCGAAUAUCGAUCCGGGAGUCAGCUAUCACGAAUCUUAUAGAGCAUCCCACGCAGAUCAAGCCGCCGAGUGAACCUAUGAAGGCUGUUUACAUGCCAGUGUUUCUCACGAAGAAGGAGAGGAAGAAGUUGCGCCGUCAGAACCGGCGUGAGGCGUGGAAGGAGGAACAAGAGAAGAUUCGCUUAGGAUUGAGUGCUCCGCCAGAGCCGAAGCUACGCAUAUCGAAUUUAAUGCGUGUGUUGGGCACAGAAGCUGUGCAGGAUCCGACAAAAAUUGAGUCGCACGUGCGUGAGCAGAUGGCGAAGCGUCAGAAGGCGCACGAGGAGGCCAAUGCGGCCAGAAAGUUGACGGCUGAACAAAAGCGUGAGAAAAAAAUACGCAAGAUCAAGGAGGAUACGAGCCUGGGUGUUCAUGUGUCUGUCUAUCGUGUGCGUGAUUUGCACGACAAUCUGAGCAAGAAAUUCAAGGUAGAGACGAAUGCCAAGCAGCUGCACAUGACAGGCGUGAUUGUGCUCUUCCGUGACUGCUGUGUGGUGGUGAUUGAGGGUGGGCCGAAGCAGCAGAAGAAGUUCCGGCGACUCAUGCUUAGUCGCAUCAAAUGGGAGGAGGACAACGUAAAGAAUGCUGACGGCAACGAGGUGCCCAACUCGUGCGCACUCGUGUGGGAAGGCACGAGCCAGCGACGCCACUUUGGCGAGAUAAAGUUCAAGAGCUUCCCCAUGGAGAAGAUGGCCAGGGAGUUCUUUCAGAAGUACUUAGUCGAACAGUACUGGGAUUUGGCGUACUCUGGCGCUGUGCUGGAAGCCUCCGAAGACACAUAAACGAUCGUAAAUUUACCCCUUAAACAUAUUAAAAAUUGUGCUGAAUUAUUUUUUUUAUUAUUUAUGACUCCUCUGUUAUUGACGGAUUCAGUUCUGGAAAAAAAAAUGGGGGUAAAUGAAUGAUAAAUCAGCUGAUCAGACAUUAUAAGCGCGAUUUUCUCGAAAAAUAAAGUUUCCAUGAGGAUUUUCAGCCGCUCUUGGUACAGUAUGGCAGUUCGUAUGUGUUUCUUUUAUGUUUCAUCUAUAUUUAUUUUGAGUUUUAUUCGUGUUUUGAUUGAGUUUUAUUUAUGUUUUAUUCCUAUGCUUCUGAUGGACCCUUCGUAGCCAAAAUCGAAUUCAGUGGAACCUCAUACCAAUUUUUAUUAAUUUUUUCUCUCAAAAUUAGGUAUAUUAAUGAUAAUUGUAGUACCAUUUCUAAAUUUAGAAAUGAGAUUUCCUUGUGAAAAUCAAAAUUAUAACUUCUUCUUACGAUCGUUAAAUUUAUUUAAAUAAAGUUCCUUGC